AUGACGCAGCGCAAGGGCCUCGGCGGCAAGUAUCCCGCCACCUUCUCGGAGUGGGUGUGCGGCAUCAGCAUUGAAGACGCUCUCGGCCCUCGCAAUCCGCCUCAGCCACCACCACAGCGCAAAGUCGUUAGGGUUGAGAUCACUACCGACGACGAGACGGAAGAGGACAGCCUCAAAGUCACGUACCCUCGCACAAGCCGCGUCUCAUCGCGUCAAGAGCCAGACGUCAUUGUCAAAAAGGUCCGCUUCGAGGACACCCCAAAGAAGUCUGCCCUGAAGAAGACGGCCACCGUCGUGACUGAGUCUGAUACCGACCCAUCCUCAAAGGACGGCGCCGCCGACAGCGAGAGCUCCGACACGGCGCCAGAGAAGACGUCCGACCCAGACAAGAAUGGAACGGACCAGUCGACAUCCGAGGCCAGUUCUGACACCGAAGGCUCAUCCAAGUGUGCCAAAUGCGCACAACGCCGCAAAAGAGCCGGCUCCAACGCCAAGGAUUCAGAGAAGCAAUGUGCGAGCGAUUCGGAAGCAUCUCAGUCAAGUACUGACAGCACCCGCAAAGGCAAAAAACACGGCAAGCAGGCAAAGCCCCGCAAGGAUGCCGACACCGCGGCCAAAGAGAAGAAUGAUGCGUCGGAGGCCGAUGACGAGGCCUCUGACACCGGCAGGACGAGUGCAGACGAAUCGGAUGCUCCUCCGAGUAAAGACAAUGCGAAGAAUAAGCAGAAAGCCAGCAAGAAGGGCAGUGGGAAGCAGCCGCAAGCAAGCAGCGACAAGGGACAGAAGGCUCAGAAGAAACAGGAACCUCAACACAGCAAGGAACAGCCAUCCAAAUCCGCAAAGACGGAAUCAAAAAAGAAACAAAAGGAUUCUGAAAAGAGAAACGAGGUUGGUAAGCAGCGACAUGACAACAAGAAGGGUGACUACCCCGAGGCUUAUCUCAAGCCACACCCCCGCCGUCCGCAUCUUAUUGAGCCGAUCCGAGCAGAAGUUGUACAAACCGAGAAGGUCAUCGAGGGCCCUGAAGACCCGCCACCAAAUGCCUAUUAUGAUCCCGAGCACGGCGUUCUUCGGGUCUAUCACGGACCCGUGUAUGGAAACCACUACUCUCAAGGCUUAUACCCACGCCGCGAUGCCUCUGCUCGUCCACUGCCCAUCGGCAUGCCUCAUCCUCUCCAUAACCCAUACUAUCAUGGCUUCAACCAGGCACCGCCCCAACAGAGCGGUGGCAACGAACCCGUCACCCAAGGCAUGCCGAUGCCUGCUUGGGGCUCUAUGUACCCCCCGCCCGGAUUUUUGACGGGUUAUCAAGCCGGCACAUAUGGACCAUGGCAGCCCGACGUCAACACCAAUAACGCUUACGCCGCCAACAACACCGCUACCGACAUCAAUGUAACCGGAACACAGGGCGUGUUCAGCCUCGUUGAGGACAAGAGUGGGACAGCGUCGAGCAACCUCAGAGACAAGGAUGGGCAGAACAAUAUCACUCCAGGCGGCUUCCAGGCAUUCCAGGGCCACGAUAACCCCUAUCUUCCCAAGCGGACCAGGUCAACUUUCAGCACGUAUGGCAGUCGAGUCCCAUCCAACGCCAGCCAAGCCAGCAAGGCAAACGCAACCGCCGGCUCGAAUGCCGAUGCGAAGGCAACCGUGCCGGGCAAUGAUGGUCCAGGUGACACCGGCGCUGGCAAGUCUUCGGGAGGCGCAUGGGGCAACAAUGCUCAGAACAAUAGCCCGGACCAGCAACAGAAUCAGUGGGGUUCGACUGAUCAUCAGAAUCAUGGUUGGGACUCCUCCCAGCAGACCAACGGCGCGGGCAACGAUGGAGGCUGGGGAAGCGCCUCCAACGGCCAAAACGGGGAGACGAAUGGAAACAGCGGCUGGGGCAACGACAACGACCAUGCCGACAACAACAACGCCGGCGGCUGGGGCGGCGACGCCCACACGGCUGACACUCCCGCGAAGACGGCCUCCCAGUGGGGAGACUCAGGAGGCACGGACAACUCCGCGCCGAGCGUGGUUAAUACCAACAAUGUCAUGCCCGGAUCCUGGGACGCUCCCGCCGCCGCGCCCGCUUGGGGCGACCCCUCCAUGGCCGCCAGCACAAACGGGCAGGUUGACGCUGUGGGUUGGUAG